CACAAGAAAAAACAGCAGGAAAAUCAAUUUGAAAAAUUCUUGUGAUGUGACAUAGAUAAUGUCUAGUAUCUAGCAGCUAUACGAGUUACGUUUGGAGAUGUCGGCGGCACCCUGUUUCUGAUUUCGUCUGCGUCUGCGUCAAGUUUUGACGUCGUUGUCUCUCUACAAGUUCGAAAGAGAAGGAUAGAAAAUAGAGGAAAGAACAAAAUAGAAAAAGAGAGAGAAAGAAAAAAAAAUCUUAGGUAAAUGUUCGAAUAAGCACAAGGGGUCUCUGGAGAAACGUCGUUUGAGUUUCAACGUCAGUCGCGGUGGUUGAGCCGCGCGGUCUGGACGUGACCGUGCAGUCUUAACUAUUAUACAAACGGAUUAUUAAAAACCAAAAUAAAAUACUAAAUAAAAAAUAAAUCGUUGGGCAAUUCAAUUCAUCGAUCGAUUGAUUGAUUAAAUUUUUUGUUGUGCGGGCUGUUCAUAUUUCCACGUCUGAAGUAUAGAUCAAAAAUAUAUAUCAAAGUAAAUAUAAUUGUCAAAAAUUAUUAGUGUUUCGAUAAAUUUGUAUUAUUUUCUUUUUUUUUUUUGGUUUUUAAAUCUGACUAGCUAAAUUUUUUUCAUUUUUCGCUUACCAUAAAUAAGAUUGUACUGGACAAAGAUAAUAAUAUUGACGACUUGAAAUCUUUAACGAUUCAUAUAAGAAAACAAAGAGAACGAGAAUAAAAAAAUUUUCAAAGCCGCAAAUUUUGUAUUGAAAACAAGAGGGACAUAAUAAGGAAUUGCUGAAGAGAUAAAAUGAGAGCACAAUACGCGACAAUCAUAAGAAGUUGACGAGGACAAAUAUUAGAAAAGAGUAAUACACUAACUUCAACUCAUUGAUAAUAAAAUAAAGAAAAGCAAACCUAUACUAAAAUCGCGUGGCUCAAUCCGCUUGUAUAGUAAUAACAAUAUUGUAUUAAAUAUCAAAAUAGCAAGCAAAAGAAAAUCAAACUACUAAUUUACAAACAUGGAUCCAUACUCGUUGAGUGUUGAGAAGGAGGCGUCGAAGAAUAUUGAAGAUAAUGAGCGGGAGUGCUUCAAGGAUGCCAUCGUCUCCUGCAGGAGCCUUAACAAAGGCUUUACAGAGCCAACAAACCUCAAAUCUGCUAUGCCACAGAUUGCAGCUUCCAUCAUCGCAGCAUCGUUUCAUAUAACAGUUGGAUUGACAAUGGCAUAUUCUGCGGUAUUGAUUCCACAGUUAGAAUUGGAAAUGGAGACAUUUCCUACUACAACGACCGAAACCUCAUGGAUUGCCAGCAUUGUUGUGAUCAGUGUACCUGUUGGUGCUGUUUUCGGGGGCUUUUUAAUGGAAACAUUUGGUCGGUUGAAAACAAUCCAAAUAGCUGCCAUUCCCAGCACAAUCGGCUGGAUUUUAAUAGCAGUAGCUACUAAUGUCCCAAUGUUAUUGGUUGGUCGCCUGCUUACGGGAUUAGCUUCUGCUCUGGGAACUUCCCCAGCUAUAGUUUACAUCACAGAGGUUGCUAGACCCGAACUUAGAGGCUCUUUAAUUUCCACUGGACCAACUCUAGCCUCAUUUGGAAUGCUCUUAGUCUAUAUUAAGGGAGCGUGCCUUUCAUGGCGUAUGGUUGCUUGGCUCAGUAUCGUUUAUGCAGCCGUACCUUUGAUACUGAUACAAAUAUUCACACCUGAAUCUCCUGUAUGGCUUGUAUCUAAAGGAAGACUUGAAGAUGCUAAAAAAUCCCUAGCAUGGUUGUACAAGCUUGAACCAAAACAAGGCAAAAUUACUGCUGCCGAGGCUCAGUACAAUACCAUUUUGAAAGAACAUGAGAUUAAAUUAAGUGAACAACGGAAAAGCAGUCAUGGUGGCACUGCUGCAAAACUCGCAGCCUUCCUUAAACCCACUGGCUGGAAACCAAUGUCAAUUUUAUUCCUGUUCUUUCUAUUCCAACAAUUCUCUGGAAUCUAUAUCACCUUAUUUUAUGCUGUUACAUGGUUUCAGGAAGCUGGAUCAGGCAUAGAUCCAUUCAAUGCAUCAAUUCUCGUCGGUCUGACUAGAUUCUUGUGUUCGAUGGUAAAUACCUGGUUAUUAAGACGGUUCAAAAGAAGACUGCUAUGUAUUGUAUCUGCCUUGGGUAUGGCAGUUUGCAUGUCGGUUUCCGGUUACUUUACAUGGACUAUAAAAACUGACCCAGCUAGUGGUGGACGUUGGGUUCCCGUCGUAUGUUUGUUGCUAUAUGUUUGCACAUCUAUGGUCGGAAUGUUGACAAUACCUUGGACGAUGACUGCGGAACUGUUUCCAACUGAAAUCCGAGGAAUAGCUCAUUCCAUCAGCUACUCUCUGGCUAAUGUUCUGAUGUUUGCCGCAGUUCAAUCUUACAGGGAUCUCUCUAGUGCCUUGGGAGGAUCGCACGGUUUACAGUGGUUCUUUGCCGGAGUUUCGGUAGGUGCUGCGGUGUUCGUUUGGAUAUGGUUGCCGGAAACUCAUGGAAAAAAAUUAUCAGAAAUUGAAGAAUACUUUCAAAAUCACUUCCUUGCGAUCGGCGCAGAAUCUAAAGCAAAAAAACGUAAGUCUAAAAAACGCACUACAACAAAAGCGCAAAACGCGGCAGCCCAACCCCUUAAUCCAAAGCCAAAAGAGACUGUAUAAAUCUUACUCCACUAUAUUGUACCCGAAAAACCAACUAUUAUUAAAGCGUAGCCUGAAUUUGUUUUACAAAUGUAAUUAUCAUCAAUUUUAUUCUAAUUAGUCGUCGUACUUUGUGAUAGAUUUACCUCAGAUAUAAAGAUAACAUAUGAUAGAAUUUUUUUAGCAAGUAAAUGACAAAGUUUAUUACCCAUUGAUUCACUUUUAUACUAUUGUCAACAAUUUAUCGCAUAAUUUCAUAUAUUCGAUAUUUAGAACGCAUUCGCUAUGCUCCAGACAAAAGUUUUACGUUACAAACUCUAGAAUUUUGUAUCGGCACUAAGAGUGGACUAAGUAUUUGUUCUGUGAAUAUCAGCACGAGCGAUUUCUAUAGUAAACAUAAUUUAGUAAAAUGAAGCUGAUUAAUGUGUAUACGUGUGGAGAAGAUAAGGGUCGUUUUCCUAGAAUAUUCGGAAUUAUUAUCUUAUUUAUCAAAUAUAAUUGUACUUAGUGAUGUGUUGGCAUGUCAUUUGAAGCAUACGAAUAAUAUGGAAUGUGGAUAUACAGAAAUAGUACAUUAGUAUAAUGUUCUAAAAAUUUAUUUAUGGCAUUAAAAUUAUCGAUGGCCCGAUUACUGAAAAAACUGAAUUGUUUCUUGAUGUAACUGCAUAUAAUUGCUGUGAAACUAAAAGAACAAGUAAAGAAGAAUGUUGAACAGUCUACCUCAUCUAAUAUACAAUUAUUACUUAGUUUGAAACCAUGGCUGAUGCGAAAAUAUAAAACAAUAAUCAAGUUGACAAUGGAAAUAUUAUAUAAUCUGUCACCUGCAGUGAAAUUUAUGAAGACAUAUGUAACGUGCAUGAUUUUUUUGUGUGAAAAAUAUCAUCUUGUAUUAUUUAAAUUGUGAUUGGUCGAUGAAAUGACAUGUUAACUACAAAGAAACGAAAGAGAAAAAAGUAAUAAUUUUUAACACGACCAUGACGGUCUGUUAUCAGACAUGCCUUACUUAAGAAGAAGAGGUGCAUGCCUUUUUUAUUCGUAUUAUUAAAUACUUUCAAUGUAAAACGUAAGAUGGACUAUUAAUGUAUUUUAUAUCAUUAUGUAUUACUGUAAGUUAUAAACCUCGUGUAAAAUUCUCCAAUUUGUAUUAUCUAAAUCUUUUUUUAAUAAUAUACGACUUACAAUCCGCUGAA